CUUAUCGCUAACGGCGACACACACACAAAACACAUACGCACGCACGCGCUCGCACGCACGCACACACACACACACACACAUUUUUUUUCUAAAUAGUCUGCGAUUAAAGAGUCUAAAUGUCCAGUGCGGAAGAGAAAACGAACUGCUGGAGCCAAACCGGUUUGAGUCGUCUGGUGGAAGUGGAAUGUGAAGCAUCAGAGGAAAAACAGAAGCAAAAGCAGCAGAUACUUCUCUGUGAAGUGUGUAAUAUUCAGCUGAACUCCAGUACUCAGGCUCAGAUCCACUACAAUGGGAAAACUCACCAGCGCCGAAUACGGCAAGCCAACAGGGCCAAAAGCAGUGGAGGGGCCAGAAACAGCACGGGAGGUCCAGCCCAGGGUGGCGGUUUGCUGACAUCACUCCCUGUUCAGCCUCAGAUGGACCUGAAGCACGUUUUGCCUAUCAGAGUAAACUGCUCGUCCCCCCUCAGCCUAUUACCCAACUUCAAUAUGGAUCCAGUUCAGAAUGCAGUCAUCAACCACACUUUCAGCAUCGCACAAUUGCUAAAAAAAACCCAAAUCAUCACCUGUAACAUCUGUCACCUGCGCUUCAACUCCACAAACCAAGCAGAAGCACACUACAAAGGGCACAAGCAUGCACGCAAACUCAAAGCUAUAGACAGGCUAAAGAACAAGCAAAGGAUUCUGGGAAAGUCUGUGUGGAGGGUAAGGGAGAGAAAAGAACCAAUACUGGGAGAGAUGGAGAACAGCAAUGGGAAGGACAGCAAUCUGUCUGAGAGGACAGAACCAAUCCGUACAUCACAGGCAUCAAACCCUGAGGGUGACAGUGUUCAGGGUAUCUCAGUCACGUUAAUGCCCAUUUCACACACUUCUGUCUCAAAAAGACUGUGUGAGAGCAAAUGUAUCCCAGAAUCCUCUGUUCCGGUGCCUCGAGCCAAACCAAAAGGCUUGUGGGACUCUGAAUCCAUAGUGAAGGGAAACAGAAACAGGACGAAAUGCAGCAAGAGUCUUCAGUGUGCUGUUUGUAAAGUGACCGUCAACUCUGGCUCACAGCUUGAGGAUCACUAUAAAGGCUCUAAACACAGACUGAUGCUGGGAGGUCACUGCAUGUUGCCACGGAAACGGGGCAGAAAAGAGGAUUCAUCCCGUGCCACACCGCGGCUUCAUGUCGACUCCGCCUCCACCAAACUAUCACACCACUGCAAUGUGUGUGAUAUAGACGUCAACUCAGAAGCUCAGCUCCAACAACACAUGAGAAGCAGGAGACACCGAGACCGAGCCACUGGAAAAUCACUUCAUACAAAGUUCAGCCCCUACAUCAACAACUCAGCCCACUCCGUGUUAACGACCAAGCUCACUCUUCAGAAACAACUCGCCAGAACAGUGACCUCCAGCUUCCUAACAUCAGCCCUCAGCCCUGUGGCCAUGGCAACUGGAACUUUGUCCCCAAGUCACGGUCAUCUGCCUGCCCCCAUAUUCCAAGCACCUCUGUUUAGCCACACCCUCUUUAGACCUGCCCCUGGGCCCUUUAAGGCGACUCACGGUCCAGUCGUAUUCUGUCCUUACUGA